GUCCCCGCUUGAUGCGAGUCUUCUGCCCCAGACACUCAUCGCUACAAUGAUUCGAAGACAGGCGCGCGAGAGGCGGGACUAUUUGUACCGUCGGGCACUUACGCUGCAACAAGCCGAGAUCGCGGCAAAGAGAGCCAAAUUGAAGGAUGCUCUCGCGCGAGGGAAGCCUCUGGACCCAGAGAUAGCCAAGGACAAGAGCCUUCGAGAGGAUUACAAGUUCGACGAGUCUCGCGCCGACCGCACGACCGAGGAAGAGCUGGGCCUCGACGACGAGUAUGCCGCCCUCUCAGGCAUCCGUGACCCGCGCAUCGUCGUGACGACGUCGCGCGACCCGUCCUCGCGCCUGUCAACCUUCGCGAAGGAGAUCCGUCUCCUCCUCCCGACCGCCAUCCGUCUCAACCGCGGCAACCAGAUCCUGCCAAACCUCGUGCAGAGCGUCAAGGCCAAUGACAUGAGCGACGUGGUGCUGCUGCACGAGCACCGAGGCACGCCGACCGCGCUGACCGUAUCGCACAUGCCCCACGGUCCCACGGCGUCUUUCAGUCUGCACAACGUCGUCCUGCGCGCCGACAUUCCCAACGCCGCCCGCGGCACCGUCUCGGAGUCGUACCCACACCUGAUCUUUGAAGGCUUCAGCACCAAACUGGGCAAGAGGGUCGUGCAGAUUCUUAAGCACUUGUUCCCGCCACGCGAGCCAUCGAGGCAGCUCGGCAGCCGCGUCGUCACCUUCAAGAACAUCGAGGACAGCAUCGAGGUCAGACACCAUGUUUUCGUCCAGACCGGGUACCAGAGUGUGGAAUUGGCCGAGGUCGGACCGCGGAUGACGAUGAGAUUGUUCGAGAUCAGGAACGGAACACUGGAGAACAAGGACGGAGAUGUCGAAUGGCAUCUCAACCAAUACACGAGAACCGCCAGGAAGAAGGACUAUCUUUGAAGUGGGCAAACAAGGUGCCUAAACCCGAGAGACUCUGGGAGAGAUCUUUCGUGACUUGCCCAUGUGCCCACGCCAGCGGGGAUGUGCAGGUGGCAUUCUCACCACAUGCCCACACGUUGUCAACUCCACCUGAACGGCCAGACUGAGUACGCAUGGCUCAUCUCUUAAUGGUCUCAAUGAGCGACUACGUGGCAGAAUACGAUACCGGGCAUCGAAGCAGUCAUGCUUGAGCCCUGAAUGGGCGAGACGUGGCGACGUACUAGUCGGAUGUUGUGGCGCACUUUGCGGUAGGAGUGAAGGAAGCGAGAGAGCUGAAUAUGGUCUACUCGCCACCGAUCUGGCGAAAAACACCUCAUGCGUCAUUUCCGCCGAGAGGAUAGCGAAUACGUAAUGAAGACACUAGUCUACAUUUCUAAGAACCGCCCCAAUUCUUAACCAGCUCACUGUUCAAAGCCCGCGUGCACUCGGCAAUCGUGCGA